ACGUUAGCGGAAAGAAAUUUCAGUGAUUGGUUAGUUUCUUUGUUGAUUAUUGGUUGCUUAUUUUCCUUUAUACAAUGAAUGUUAAAACUUUGAUUGUCCACAGUAUUUGGUAUUUUCACCCAAGACUGUCUAGACAUUCCUGCUUUAAAUGCUUAAGGAAACCGAGUUUAAAUCGAUUGAGCCUAAGUAAAUUCUCGGGGGAAAAUGUUAUAUGUGAUUAGAUUAAUAUUCGUAAUAUUGCAAAUUAGGUGGUUUCGAGGUGCUGCUCUCACUACAAAUACAAAUGCAGAGAUUUGAUUUCUACUGGUGCUUCAUACAUACUCUGAAUGUAUUCAUUCUGGGCAGUUUUCCGCCGGCCAUGCAGAGCUGACAUUUAAGCCUUGCCAGCUGGUUCCAGUUAGUCACUGAAUUACAGUAGCGUCUCUCCAAAAGAAACGCUUCAUAGGCAAAACAUUUCAGCCGCCCCCCGCCUCCCUAUGCAAUCUUACAAAAAAAAAAAAAUUGCGAAAGUUAAAUGUAGGCUAUUCGUUUAUUAAGAGGGGACGGAGGGCAAAAUAAAAGUCCUACGAUCGCCAUUUCGGUUUGUGCUCUGUCGCAUCCCUUUAUGUGCGGUCCGAGGAAAGGGGUCAUGGCGCCCCCUGAUUCGCCACGUUUACCGGGCACAUUUACGCCAUGGGCCGCCUGGGUGGCCGCCACCUGCACCUGCCUUGGUCUGCUUCUCUUACAAUGCGCCCACAUCCGGGAACUUCGGCUGGAGCUGUGGGAGCUGCAGCACCGCGUCGGGUCUCUGUGUGGCGAGGAUGCGGGCGCGCCGCCGCGCUGCGCCCUAGACCCGAGCAGAUGCCAGUGCCCAGUUCUUGGUCAGGAUGCCAGCCGGACAAAGAGAGACCUUACCUCUAAAACACCGCGUAAGCAGCGCCAGGUGGGACAAAGGCGGCGUGCGUUUCUGCACCUUCAUCCUGUCUCGACCCAUUCCUAUGACGAAGAUGACAAGACGCUGGUGAAAUGGAUUGUGGGACAGAGUCAAGGUGAGGGACUGCAGGUAUCUGGGGAAACCGUUACCGUGACGAGAGGAGGGCUUUACUUCAUCUACAGUCAGGUCUUGUAUGAGGACCCCACGUUCGUCAUGGGCCACGUGAUCAAGAAGUACCGCGAAAACAAGGAGAGCAGCUUGAUGAAGUGCGUUAAGUGGAUGCCCAGGAACAACAGCGAAGCGCUCAACACCUGCUACACUGCUGGUGGCCACAAUCUGGAGUCGGGCUCCGUCCUGGAGCUCUCAAUUCCCCGAAAGGAUGCAGGUAUUGGCCUCCUUCCCCACGCCACCUUCCUGGGCAUCUACAAGAUCUGAUCUGUGUGCGAGGCAUAAGUGGCCUGUGGGGGGCGCCACUUGGACCACCCACUUUGACCUAUGGGACAAAGCCAUAAGCUAAACCAAAAAAAUAACCAAAGAGCCAGCAGAUUUUUUUUUUUGUCACAUGAAGACAGUUUUCUGAUAUGAAAAAUGUUUGAUACAUUCAGAUGACACUGUUUUCUGGCCGCGUGCUUUGGCACAAACCUUUCUCUUUAAGAAACGAGCGCGUUAGGCUCAAAUAUAACACACCUGCUGAAACUUCUAGAUGAACCACUGAAGCCUGACGGGGUGGGAUUUUUGGGGGGACUGAGGGACCUUCAAAUGAGAAAAUUUAUUUGGCGAUGUUUUUCACACCCUUAGUGAAUGCAUAUUAAAAUCAUUAUUCAUGCUGAGUGCCGUCAUACUUACUAAGUGCUAUAAAACCCAUCAAAAUUCAUCCGCACAGCACCCAUUUAUACAUUUUUAUUACUUUAGGUCUGUCCUUUAUUUAUGAAACAAUAUCCAUAAUAAAGUUUUCUCUCAUCAUGCAAAAA